CAGACUUACCAACUGCUUCUGAAACAGUUACAUCUGCCAAGGAAGAUGUUACGAUUUCCCCAGAAAGUUUCGGUGUCGAGACAUCGCCCAAACUCAUCACCCCAUCACCUUACUCUGAUUUACCAUCUAACAUAGAACAGGUUAAGGAAAAUGUGAUGGAUCCCACGUUGAAGAUAGAUAACUCCCAUGGUCCAUUUUUCCAUCCUAGUGGUAGUCCAUACCCUUCUUAUGAUCAAUCAGUCGGGAACAAUGUACCCUCUGAUUCUUCUCUACCACCUCCAAUGGAAUUCGCUUCAGCUCAGCAUACUUCUAAUUUUUAUAAAGAUAAUGUAGAACCUGUUGCUUCUGCUGGAUCUCUCCCUAGUGAAAUACCAGGGUCUGUUCCAUCUCCAGAUGUUUCAAACAAUUAUGCCAGCAGUAAUAACGUCUAUAAUCAUGAUGGUAAUAUUAAUUCUGAAUCAUUGUUAAAUGAGAACCUUAUAAAUCCUGUGGUAGAGAAACCCAUCGAUUCAGUGGUAGGAGGUGUGGUUAGUUCUGAUUCAGAACCAUCUGUUGUCAAUCCGGAUCUUCCGAAUCAACCUUAUCAUGAAGAGGUUACUUCUGAAACUUUGCCUGUUGAUAAUUCGGUAAAAGAAGGCAAUGACAGAGAAGAUAACUCUGAAUUUCAGCCUCAAUCUGAUGAGUUGAAUGAUGUAAUUCAAGAAGGCGAUGGAUGGUUCUCCAGUAUUUCUUCCAUUAUGGGCAGCUUCACGGAAAUGUUUACAAAAUCUGAAAUUGGAGUCGACAGAGAAGAUGUUACAACAGCUUCUGAUGAUCUUGUUACCUCUUUCGAAAAAAGUGGUGACCAGCAAAGUGAUGAUGAGAGGAAGUAUUGCCUCAAAGAGUCGUGCCGUCAACAAAUAAAAGAUGAUACAGUAGAUGACAGUGAAAACAAAGGCAGUGAAUAUAUUUCUGCGAUGUUUGGUAGUUUCUCAGAAACUCAGAUAAGUUUCUCUACACUCAUUUGUAUGGUUAUAACUUCCAUUGUUGUACUGUUAUUCUCUCUAGGUUAUUAUUAUUUAGAGAAUCUGAAACAAGAUACAUCUCUUAUUGCUAAGAUCAAUACAGUUUCGACGGAACUGUUCUUUGCUCAAAAGGAAUUAGCGUCUAUCGAAGAGCAGUAUCAGCUAGCAAAUGAAAACUAUAAGAGGCUUGUCUCUGAAACCUCGCAUAAUGAAACAGCCAUUGAAGAUUUGAGGAAAGAACUAGAAGAAAGUAAAGCUGCCAGAGGGAUCCUUGAAGAUGAGAUUAAAAGACUGGAAAAAGAGAUUGAGUCCCUUGUCGAAGAAGGAGAUGAAAUGCACAGGAUGUUGUCCGAAUCAUUUUCUGAAGAGGAAAGGACCAAAUCUCUUCUUUCAAAUAUUUCCGAUUUGAAGGGAGUGCUGUCCGAUAGGUUGCAAGAAAUAGUAUCGUUAACUGAACAGUUAGACAAGGAAAAACAGGAGGUAGAACUUCUGACGAUUAGUUUGAAGAAAUCAGAAGAAAAGCGAGAAACUACCGAGGAUAAACUUACUAAAGUGUUGAUCGAUGCAGAUUCGAAGACUUUGGCUGUGACGAAGGAGUUUGAAGAAAAAAUAACAACAUUGGAAAGGAUUAUCGAAGAGAGAUCCUUGGAACGAACCAACUUCGAGAAACAACUAUGUGAACUCAAGGGAACAUGCGAAUCGCUUACGGUCGAGAAAGAAUUGGCCGAGAAAGAAUUGAAGAAGGCUCAUGGAGUGAGCUCGGGGAAGGCGUUAAGCGAAUGGUUAGAAGCUAAGAGUUUAAGAACAGAACUCUUGACAGUUCAGAAAGAGGCUGAAAAGCUUAACGAAGCUUUGGAAGAAGCCAAAAACCGAGGAGCCCUCCUUGAAGAGAAAGAGAAACAACUACUUAACGAAAUAGAUGAUCUUAAUAAUAAAUAUGAAUCUGCUGAAAAAGAUAAAAUUGAAGCCCUUACAAAACUACAAGUUUUAUCCAAUUACUUCAAAGAAAAGGAAAUACAACUCCAAGAGGAGCUUGGAAUCAAGGAAUCACAAUGGCUUCAAAAGCAAAGCGAGGAUCACACAAUAUAUGAGCAGAUGCGUUCUCUGCGGGAGGAAAACCUGAGUUACAAAGCUCAGAAUGAUGCCCUUAAAAAAGAAAUUAUUGAUCAAGAAGCUUCCUUCAAGAUACAAAUUGCCAAUGAAGAACAAAAAGCUCAAGAAAAUUGGAUCAACCUAAGGCAUACCGAGCGUAGGCUGAAAGAAGUGCAAAUGGAAGCCGCUCACCUCAGGUCCAGGCUUACAGCGGUUGAAGCGAACCCUGAUUCUCUAGAAGAUAAGCAUAAGAGCCUCGAAAUGGUGAAUGGAGAUGUGAGCAUGGGAGCUGCCUCCCCGCCAUUCAUGCUGUACCCGCCCCCUGAUUACAUCCCUCCUCCUCCCCUCGUCUCUCCGACGAGGCCUCCUCCACUCGGCAGGUUAUCCUCCCCACCACUCACCCCUCCCGCUCCGCUCUCCCCUUUUGAAUUCUAUCCGCCACCCCCACCAUCUCCGCCUCCUCCAUUGAGGGUGCAUAAGCCUCAACCCAGGGAGCCUCAUCGCAAGCAGAAAGAUUCACAAUCUUCUAAUCAUUCCUCGGAGUCAACAGAAAAACCGAUCAGAAGAGGAAAAAGAUAGUGAAAAUAUAUUGUGAUUUAUGAGAAAAGUACCAUUUACCUUAGAAUAUGCUUUCACGCUUUUAUCAGUUCGAUAACUGUGUAAUAUUGUACAAAGUGUAUUAUAACUUACUAGUCCUUAAUUGUUUUAUUAUAAAUAAAAUGAAAUGGAGUUUAGGGAAAUCGAUUGUAUUAUCUAAUUGUGAUUUUUGUCUCAAAUAUUUUUUUGAGAUUAAAAAAAAAGAGGAUAUCUUGUUGUUGUCGAGAUAUAAAGGAUAUGUUAUGGCAACAUUAAUCUUUGAUCGUGUAUAGAAAUCUAUUUUAUAUAUUGUUUGUUUGUACUGGUGUAUUUACCGAAGGUCCUAACAGAGUGAAAAAGUAAGAAAAUUAUUGUUAUUUUAUCUUAUAUUCCAUUAUAUAACAGUACAUACCUGGGCACUGAAUAUAUGUUGUUUAUACUCAUAUAUUGGUUUUAAAAUGCUCCUAUUAUUCACAUAAAUGUUUAUUUGUGUUAGCAUAGCAAUAUAUUGUAUUGAUAAUUUUUGCCCAUGUAUUCCCAAGUUCACUUACUAAAAACAUUGGUUGUGUUACUUGUGUGUUUUCUCUAUUACCAAGUAUUCAUUCUUUUUUUCACAAUUUAUUUAUUGGUUUAUUAUUUUUAAUAAUGAACCUUUAUGAAACAUCUCUGAAAAAUACACUUCUUUUUACUCUAUUCAAUAUUUGAGGUACUUUUAAAAUUAGAAAUAAUAUAAUUUGUAAAUCGAAUAAAAAAAUAUCUUUUCCCAGUAUGCGGUUUUUAUCUGAGAUUACUGGGCCAUUUUUUUUUUUUUUUCUGAUUUAGCCCUUAGGCAAUUGGUCACAAGAUGGUUCUCAAAACACAACAUUAUAAUCUACCAUUUUGUUUCAAAAUGGCACCUGUUUAUAGAUUUUAUACAUAUCAUAUUCCAUCCAGUCUUUCUUCAAGACUGUUGAACUAAUUUUUGUUUAGAUUAGGCCAUACUAAGUCCAUUUAUACAGAUACAAAGGAAAAAUUCUUAGUUUUUUGGAAUCAUAAUGCUAAAGCGUGU